AUGGGCAACGACGAUGAGGUCGCCGAGGUGACUUGGGACCACAAGGGAUGGACAAGUGAUAGCGAUGAUAGUGAUAAGUUUGAGUGGAAAAUUUAUGGUGAGGCUGAACCCUCAUGGGCUCCGGCCUUGAGGAAUAUAGAUGCUCCAGGCCCGUCCACACUUGGUUCUAAUCGGUGGGCCAACGAGGAAAGGUCAUCUAUUUAUUUAGUCAAGGCAUAUGUUGGAAUGGGUUUCCCAAAAAAGAUGGUUGUGAAGGGCAUCAAGGAGAUUGGGCAUAGUGAUGGAAAUGCAUUGCUCGAGCUACUUCUCACAUAUAAGGCACUUGAAGAUGAUGAUGAUCUUGAUUUUGAGAAUCCGGAUGGCGAUGACGAUGCUGGUGAUACAGAGACCGACUCUAAUGGUUCUAGUGAUGAGUUUCUACGGGAGAUGUCAGAGAAGGACGAGAAGAUCAAAUCAUUAGUAGACAUGGGAUUUUCUGAAGAUGAAGCAAAUAUGGCUAUUACAAGAUGUGGUGUGGAUGUUGAUUUAUGGGAAUUAGUUGAUUCGCUAGGUGCACCACGAAUUACAGAAGAUAGUCAUUCCAGAAACAUAUCUGACCAUCAGGUCACAGAUCAAUGCUUUGAUUUAUUUGGAGGGGGAAAGAAAGCAAGAUUGAUGGAAGAGAGCAAGAAAAAGAGGAACCGGUAUGGAGGUAGAGCACAGGGAAAUCAACCCUCCUUGGAUGGUAGCCAUGAUGAACCAAUGCCUCUCCCAAAUCCAAUGGUUGGCUUUAAUUUGCCAGGUUAUUUGCAACCAUCAGUUACCCGAAUACUUCCUAAACAAGAUACUGGACCACCCUUUUUCUACUAUGAAAAUGUGGCCCAAGCUCCUAAAGGCGUAUGGGCAACCAUUUCAAGAUUUCUUUAUGACAUUCAACCUGAGUUUGUGGAUUCUAAGCAUUUGUGUGCAACCGCAAGGAAAAGAGGCUACAUCCAUAAUUUGCCAAUUGAGAAUAGAUCACCCCUUCUUCCUGUGCCCCCAAAGACCAUAUUCGAGGCAUUCCCUCAUUACAAGAAGUGGUGGCCUUCAUGGGACCUGAGAACACAACUCAAUUGCUUGCGAACAAAUAUCGCAAGUGCGAAGCUGACAGAACGGAUCGGGCGUGCUCUUGCAAGCUCUGACAGUCCACCGGCUCGAAGUGUUCAAAAAUAUGUCAUGAAUGAGUGUAGAAAAGGGAAUCUUGUCUGGAUUGGAAAGAACAAGGUUGCUCCAUUGGAGCCCGAAGAGAUGGAAUAUCUACUCGGUUUCCCAAAGGAUCACACAAGGGGACUCGGCAUCACGGAGAGAUACAAGUCUCUCGGCAACACAUUUCAAGUUGAUACAGUUGCUUACCACUUGUCAGUUUUGAAGGUCAUGUUUCCCAAUGGAGUUAAUGUGUUGUCCUUAUUCACCGGUAUUGGAGGAGGAGAGGUAGCUUUGCACAGGCUGGGCAUCCACAUGAAGGCAGUGGUUUCUGUAGAGAUAGGAAAAGCUAAUAAGAGGAUUUUUAGGGGUUGGUGGGAUCAGACUCAGACAGGCACGCUCAUUGAGAUUGAUGAUGUGAAAUCUCUUACUGAUGAUAGAAUUGUAUCAUUUGUUAGUAGAUUUGGCGGCUUCGACUUGGUGAUUGGGGGCAGCCCAUGUAACAAUCUUGCCGGGUGCAACAGAUACAACCGUGAUGGCUUGGAGGGCGAGCAAUCUGCUUUGUUCUACCACUACUUCAGAAUCUUGAACGCGGUCAAGUCAGCUAUGGCAAGGAUGUAG